CCAGCCUUGUGUUUGUAGCGCCCCCCCGGCGGCGAAGCCUCCGCGGCGGGGCGGGGCCAGCUGGGGGCGGAGCCAGGACAAGGCCGCCGGGAGGGGCGCGUCAGGACGUGGGCUCAGCCGGUUGCCUGGAGAACCCGUGACAACAAAAGGCGCGGGCGGCGGUGGCUGCGCAGCGGAACGAAGCCGAGGAGUCCCGCGCUCGCCGCCAGAAGCCGGGUCUUCCCGAGCCGGUCGGAGUCCAGAUCUUACGUAAAAUGGAUGUUUCUCACACUAGAUACUGAACAUUAAGUAGAAAAUCUGUUUAGUAAAAUCUAAUCUACCAUGGAAGAAAUACCAAUAAAAGUUGCUGUUAGAAUUAGACCUCUGCUUUGCAAAGAAGUUCUUCAUAAUCAUCAAGUUUGUGUGAGAGUAAUUCCAAACACUACGCAGAUUAUCAUUGGGAAAGACAGAGUCUUUACUUUUGAUUUUGUUUUUGGCAAAAAUUCCACUCAAGAUGAAGUUUAUAAUACAUGUGUAAAGCCCCUCAUGUUGUCACUCAUUGAGGGAUAUAAUGCAACUGUUUUUGCCUAUGGACAAACUGGAUCUGGGAAGACAUACACCAUUGGAGGAGGCCAUGUUGCUUCAGUUGUGGAGGGUCAAAAGGGUAUCAUUCCUCGAGCCAUUCAAGAAAUAUUUCAAAACAUCUCUGAAAAUCCUAGCAUUGACUUUAGUAUUAAAGUGUCUUAUAUAGAAGUAUACAAGGAAGAUCUAAGAGAUCUUUUAGAAUUGGAGACAUCCAUGAAGGAUCUUCAUAUUCGAGAAGAUGAAAAAGGAAACACAGUGAUUUUUGGAGCCAAGGAAUGCCAUGUGGAGAAUGCAGAUGAAGUGAUGAGUCUUCUGGAGAUGGGGAAUGCAGCUAGACAUACAGGUACCACCCAAAUGAAUGAGCACUCCAGUAGAUCACAUGCAAUUUUUACAAUCAGCAUUCGCCAAGUUAAGAAAAAUAUGGAGGCAGCUGAAGAUGGAUCAUGGUAUUCCCAUUGCCAUAUUGUCUCAAAGUUCCACUUUGUUGAUUUGGCUGGAUCAGAAAGAGUAACCAAAACAGGGAAUACUGGUGAACGGUUCAAAGAGUCCAUUCAAAUCAACAGUGGGUUGCUGGCUUUAGGAAAUGUUAUAAGUGCUCUUGGGGACCCACGCCGGAAGAGUUCACAUAUUCCAUACAGGGAUGCUAAAAUCACCCGGCUUCUGAAAGAUUCCCUGGGAGGCAGUGCCAAGACUGUCAUGAUCACAUGUGUCAGCCCAUCCUCCUCAGAUUUUGAUGAGUCCUUAAAUUCUCUCAAAUAUGCCAACAGAGCACGGAACAUAAGAAACAAACCUACCGUAAACUUCAGCCCCGAGUCAGACCGUAUGGACGAAAUGGAAUUUGAGAUUAAGUUGCUUCGAGAAGCUUUGCAAAGCCAGCAGACUAGCCAGAUCCAUCGAGAGGGGACUCCUGAUAAAAAUAGGAUCCAUUAUCUUGAGGAGCAAGUAGCUGAGCUACAAGGAGAAUGUCUAGGUUACCAAAAUUGUAUAGAAGAAGCCUUUAACUUCCUGGUGGACUUAAAAGGUGCUGUCGGACUAAACCAAAAUCAGCAACACAAACUGCAGGAGUGGCUUAACAUGACCCGGGAGGUCAGGAAGCCUGUCCUUACCUCUUUCCGAGAAAACCAAGGAACUGGAAACCUGGAAGAAGGACCACAGCAUAUUACACUUCUCCAGCUGAAGAGGGAGCUUAAGAAAUGCCAGUGUGCUCUUGCUGCUGAUGAAGUCGUAUUUAGUCAGAAGGAACUGGAGGUGAAGGACCUGAAGAAUCAAGUGCAAAUGAUGGUACAGGAAAAUGAAGGACAUGUUGUAUCUUUGGAAGAAGCACAAAAAGUGAAUAGAUUGCAGAAUGAAAAAAUAAUAGAACAACAACUUCUUUUGGAUCAGCUGAGUGAAGAACUAACAAAACUUAGCCUGUCAAUGACUUCUUCAGCUAAGGAAAAUUGUGGAGAUGGGCCAGAUAGCAGGAUCCCUGAAAAGAGACCAUAUACUGUACCAUGUGAUACUCUUUUGGGACAUUAUAUUUAUAUCCCAUCAAGACAAGAUUCCAGGAAGGUGUACACGAGUCCUCCUGCGUGCUCUCCGGAUGCAAUACUCGCUGGCUUUCGAACGCGGAGCCAGAUGCUGGUGAGGCAUUUAGAAGAGCAAGAUCAAGUCCUUCACCACCAGUUUUCUGAUGACAGUGAAGAUGAGGAAUCAGAGGGCCGAGAGAAGUCUGUAAUUAGAUGUGGAAGUCACUCAUGGGAAAAGCCAGACUCUGUUUGUUCUUCGGUCAGAUUGAAUGAUACUCAGGAUGAAACACAAAAGUCAAGGUUGGGGAAUGAAGAUUUAAAAAUUGAAUGUCUCCAGGGGAGUCAAGAGUUGAAUUUGCAAAAAUUAAAGAAUUCAGAAUGUACACUUACUGAAGCUAAACAAAAAAUAAGAGCACUUACAAUUAACAUCAAGAUGAAGGAAGAUUUGAUCAAAGAAUUAAUAAAAACAGGUAACGAUGCCAAGUCCGUAAGCAAACGGUAUUCUCUGAAAGUGACAAAACUAGAGCAUGAAGCAGAACAGGCGAAAGUGGAACUAACUGAAACACAAAAGCAGCUACAGGAACUGGAAAACAAAGAUCUUUCUGAUCUUUCUAUGAAGGUAAAAUUACAGAAAGAGUUCCGUAAAAAGAUGGAUGCUGCAAAGCUGCGAGUCCAGGUCCUACAGAAGAAUCAACAGGAUAGUAAGAAAUUGGCAUCACUGUCUAUCCAAAAUGAGAAACGUGCUAAUGAACUAGGGCAGAACGUAGAUCACAUGAAAUAUCAAAAGGUACAGCUGCAAAAAAGACUUCAGGAAGAAAACGAAAAAAGUAAACAACUGGAUACAGAAAUUAAGCGGGAUCAGCAAAAAAUCAAAGAAUUACAGUUAAAAACAGAACAGGAAGAAGGUCUAAAAUUGAAAACUGAGGACAUUGAUGCCUUUAACUUGAAAGGGAGACAAGGUUCAUUUGGAAGUAUAAACCAACUCCAGAAAUUGGAUGAGCAAAAGAAAUGGUUAGAUGAAGAAGUGGAGAAAGUUCUGAACCAACGCCAAGAAUUAGAGGAGCUGGAGGAAGACUUAAAGAGACGGGAGGCUGUAAUUUCUAAGAAGGAGGCCCUGUUACAGGAGAAGAGCCACCUGGAAAAUAAGAAGUUGAGAUCUAGCCAGGCCUUAAACACAGAUAGUUUGAAAAUAUCAACUCGCCUGAAAUUGUUGGACCAAGAGUUGUCUGAAAAGAGUGUGCAGCUGCAGAGCAGCCCAGCUGAGGAGAAAAUCAAGAUUUCAGAACAAGUUGAAGCCCUUCGGAAAGAAAAGGAUCAGCUCCAGAGACGAAGAAACAGUGUGGAUGAAAAACUUAAAAAUGGUAGCGUGUUGUCACCUGAAGAAGAACAUAUUCUUUUCCAACUUGAAGAAGGGAUUGAAGCUUUGGAAGCUGCAAUUGAAUACAAGAAUGAAAGUAUCCAGAGUCGCCAGAACUCACUUAGAGCAUCAUUCCAAAAACUCUCUCAUACUGAAGCAAAUGUCUUGGAAAAACUAGUUUGCCUGAGUCCUGUUGAGAUUAGAGCUAUUCUUUUCAGAUAUUUCAAUAAGGUGGUUGAUUUGCGAGAAGCUGAACGGAAACAACGGUUACAGAAUGCAGAAAUUAAAAUGAAGGUUUUGGAACGGGAUCGUAUGGUUUGUGAGUUGGAAUCUGCACUGGAACAUCUGAAAUUGCAGUGUGACCGGAGACUGACCCUCCAGCAAAAAGAACACGAGCAAAAGAUGCAGUUGUUGUUACAUCAUUUCAAAGAGCAAGAUGGAGAAGGCAUUAUGGAAACUUUAAAAACAUAUGAAAAUAAAAUCCAGCAUCUGGAAAAAGACCUUUAUUUCUAUAAGAAAACCAGCAGGGAUCUUAAGAAGAGACUUAAGGAACUGGUAGGGGAAGCAAUUCGGCAGCAACUAGCACCAUCAGAAUAUCAUGAUGCUGGAGAUGGAGUCAUGAACCCAGAAGAAGUUGGCAUGCUUUCGGAACUAAAAUGGGCAUCUAGAACUGAGAGUAUGAAAUUAAGUGGAAGAGAAAGAGAAAUAGACCGAUCAGCAAGCAGUUCAAGCGGGCAAGCAAAUCCUCAGCAGCUUUGGGAAGAUGUCUCAGAAUUACCUCCAAUCGGUAGCUCUGCAGCACCCCCCAGUGGGCAUUUGUUAAGCAAUGAGGAUAAAACAGAAAUAGAUGAAAAUCAGUUUACAAAAUCUCACAGUCAACCAUCAUCCCAAUUUCAGCCAGAGGGAAAUGUGGGACAACUUUAUGGUGUCACACCUGUAAAAUUGUGUCGCAAAGAAUUACGUCAAAUUUCUGCCUCGGAACUGUCAUUACGACGUUCCAGUCGUGGAGUUGGGGUUGGAUCAAUGACUGCUGAUUCCAUUGAAGUAUCCAGGAAACUGAGUGACUUAAAAACUUAGGUGUUUAACAAUAGAACUUUUAAUUCAGCAGAUAUGUGAAAAGAGUCCUUUUCUCUCCUGAUAAAAAUGAAAGCUGAAGCUCUCACUAGCUCUUCCCUCAGGAUAAAGGACAAACAGAAGGAAGGAAUCCCUAAUCGUUUUGUAUACUAUAAAUGUGUAUACCUUCCAUAGUAUAUUUGGGGAGUUUUAAUUUACAUUUCUAUAAUAACCAAACAAACACGUUUUCCAGUACUUGACAACAUUUAAAUAUUUCUACUUAUAAAUAUGCUUUAAAUUUUUUCUAGGCACAUUUGAAGAACAAAACUAAUAACAGACUAAAAUAUCCAUCAAAUGUAUAUUAUUAUAUAAUCUAAAAGUACAUUAUAAAAUAUGUUAUAAUACAAUAAGUAUAUUAUUGUUAUUUUCAAAUACAAGUAUGUUGUUAUUUUUAAAAGAUCCAGAUAAAUAUUGCUACUGACAGAGGGACAGUCACCUGCUGUACAUGUUUUGGCACAGCUGAAAAUUUGUGCCAAAAUGCAGCCUGUGGGCUAAGAUAACCUGGCAGGUUUAUGGACUGAGAUUAAUUUAGUUGUCAGAGCCCACGGAAGUUGAGUGGUCAGUCUUGACUUUUUAAACAUGGUCUCUGCUCUUUUUCUGGAAUUGUUUUUUAUUUAAGAUUUUAUGUCAUGGUUUGCUAAUAUUAUGGAAUAUAAAUUUUCAUCUCUCCUGCCUUAUGUAUUCAAUAUAUUUCUCAUUAUACUACUAAAAUUGGGAGAAAUAGAUGCAGUUCCAUGGAACAGGAAAACAAUGAUAGAAUAACACUAAAGCAUUCUAACAUUUCAAGGAAAAGAACAAUGGCUGUGAUAUAUUUGGUCAUAUAUAUCAUGACAAAAGCCUAGUGCCUUCAACAAAGCACGGCAAUUACACAUUUAUUAAUAAAUAUUUAUUAAUGACUGCCCUAACUGUAAAUUCAUUGUAAGAUUAAGUAAUUUGCUAUGCCUUAAUUAGAAACAAUUCAUAAAGAAUGUAUUCUGAUACUGGAAUCCUGCUUGCCCAAGAAAUUUAUAAAGCUUUUUUUUUUUUUUUUUUUUUGGCGACUGGCUGGUAUGGGGAUCUGAACCCUUGACCAUGGUGUUACUAAGUUAUGCUCUAACCAGCUGAGCUAACCACCCAGCUGCUUGCCCAGGAAAUUAACACAUAUUUGUUUUACCUGUAGAAAUAUAAACACAUUGUCUAAAAGCAAAGUCACUAACAAAACAAGAAAAUGUAGCAAUGAUGAUUAGAAUUGGCAAUGCAAAUGUCAAUUGGUUUCUAAACAACAAAGGUAUGAUUUCUUCUCCCUUUUGGUUAAACAUAUAUCCUUUAUAUGAUCUAAUAGAUUUCAUUUACAUAUGCAAACACAUGUAAAUAAUGUCUUGAAUAAUAUUCUGGUACUAAACCGCUGCUAAUUCUAGUUUAGUAGGUGCCCUCACAAAAAUAUGGGACCUCCCCCAAGGCAAGUAAAAUGAUAUUUUUUUUACAUAUACUGAUAAUAGAUUUAUUUUACUCUACUUUUCACAUGCCUUCCUUAGUCUAAACACUUUGUCAUUGUGUUUGCCUUUUUUGCCUGCAUAUAAAAUAUGUUUGUGGGUUUUUUUUGUUUGUUUAUUGUGUACUUUUUCUUGACCUGUAACAGCAUUUGAAAGGAAAAAUAUUUGCCUCCAUAAAGUACUACUUCAUUCCCUAACCCCAAAGUGUUAUAGAUAACAAAGUUGGAGAAUUCUAUAAACAUGAGAACCAUGGGUGGUGAGAACAUUGAUGAAGGUGCUUUUUUAUGCCUUAAUGUUUGUUUUCUUUAGUUAGUGUAUUUUUUUUAGUCCCUCAGUUCUUCAUAUCUUCAUGAACCCAGGGUCCAAGGAGUCAGUAAAAUACAUAUGAUCUUCAGUAAUGUGGUAUAUAUUGCCACUAGCUAUUGCUUUAUGUUAGCCUAGGCCAAUAAAGUAAUGAAUGCUUAUUUGAGAAUAGGUGUCAUCUAUGGGGGAAAAAAAGGUCUUAUACUAAGUUUUAGAAUGCACUAUAAUUAUAUAACCAAAUCCUUAGUGGAGUUUGGUUCUGUGGUUAACACAAAGUGUUGUACAUUAAAUGCAAGUAUGAUGUGUUUUGAUCUUUCAGUUAUUUCCUUAGACACAUACUUGUGAAUUUAAAACACUGGAGUGCCAGUAUUUGGAAGUUCAAGUAGAAAGCCACUCAUGUCCACAAUUCCUCUUUCAACUUCAUUGGAAUUUUUAAAAACAUGCAUUAUGUAUAUUUUACAUUUAAAGUUAUAAUAAGUUGUGGGCUACCUUCAUUAGUACUGAAAGCAUACUCUUCUACAUUUAUAUUUUCAAAAAUUGAAAAUAAAGGUGAGAAUUAAAUUCUUC